AUGGCAUCUGUAACCACUGGUCUCCCCACUUUCGACAACCUCACCAUCGACCCUUCAGGGCCUCCAGGGAACGCAUGGGGUCUAUUUGGCAAGAACAACGAGCUUGGGAUGCUGAACCUGCUCACUCCCGAAACAGUGCGCAGGGCAGCAGCAGAGGAGGUCCGAGACGGCGUACGAUUCUCGCUUGAUCUGUCACUCGAUCGAAUCAAGAAUCCGAGUUUCGGGCGCAAGCCGUUUGUGAGGGAGUUAGUGAACAAGGCGCCACGGAUUGUGAAUGAUGAUAUCCUUGUCUUCAACACGCAGUGUAGUACGCAGUGGGAUGGCUUUAGGCAUUAUGGGAACCAUACCCAUAAGUGCUACUUUAACGGGCAUUCACUGGAGGAGUUGAAAAUCUCCCCUGUGAUCGGGAUUGACGCAUGGGUCAAGCACGGCGGGAUCGUGGGCAGAGGCGUGCUAAUCGACUACGCCUCGUGGGCAACGAAGAACUCCAUCCCCCUCAGCCCCUUCACCACAACCAGAAUCCCCCUCUCGGCAAUCAAGCAGAUCAUCGAAGAGAACGACAUCCGAUUCCGCCCCGGAGAUAUCCUCUUCCUCCGCACAGGCUUCACAGCCGCCUACGACAAGCUCUCCCCGGACGAAGAGCUGGCCAUUGCUGAGCGCGAAACGCCUCAAUUUGCUGGUCUCGAGGCUGGAGAGGCUACUCUCCGCUGGCUGUGGGAGAAUCAGUUCGCUGCCGUAGCGAGUGACUCACCUAGUUUCGAGCCUUCGCCCAUCGCGGGCCCUCAAGGCCCGCMGGAGUUUCAGCUACACCAGUGGUUACUUGCUGGCUGGGGGAUGCCUAUUGGGGAGUAUUUUGAUCUCGAGGGAGUGGCGGAGUAUUGUGCAAAGACGAGUCGGUGGAGUUUCUUUCUGUCGAGUGUGCCGUUGAAGGUUCCUGGGGGCGUAGCGAGUCCUCCCAAUGCGGUGGCUAUCUUUUAG